AUGUGGGAAAAGCUUGAGGCAGCUAGGCAGAAACUAGGACGAGAUAUUCGUGUUUUCGAAACUUCUGUUAUUUCACAGGUUCAAUUCAUGCUUCAAAUAAUGAUGAGGAUGAUGACAUGUAUGAGUUUACUCCCGAGGAUUAUUAUCGUGUUUUGGGUCCGAAAAAGCAGGCUGUGGGUCCGGUUCCCACACAACCACACACUGGAAGUGACAUUUCAUCCAUCAGAGUCCAUUCAACUCUUAUUCAUAUAUGAUCUUCUAAAGAAAGUCCUUGCACGGACAGAGCUCCCAUUUUAUAUAUAUACCACUCCUCCUAAGAAGCAAAUUAAGGAUAUGUCCCAGGACUUCUACUCUGCUGGCUUCGCUCCUGGUGCAAUUGUUUACUUUUCACAGGAUUUACCAAAAGCUUCCCCAGAUGAUGAUGGUGCAAGUGAAGCGAGUUCCUUCCUUCAAGAGGAGAUCAUUGCAUUGAAAGGUCUGGAACUCAUAGCUGAACAAGUGGAACCUGUCCAACCCACGCCAGAGUUCCAAACCAGUAGUAUAAACGCUCUUUUCAAAUUUCGCUGGGUGAGAAGUCUGAUCUUAACAAGUAAUAGGUAUUUUCAGUUAUGAUCAAUUUCGAUAUUUUAAAUGCGGAGACUUCGAAGACUCCAUGGUGGCUUGAACCCUCGACAUCUUGCAUUGUUAACAAGACAAGGGAUCGAUAGCUAUCCACCACUCUACAAGGCUGGGAUGCAUAUUAAGAGUUUCAAAUAUUAGCAUAUCUAAGCCCAAUGUAUAAAUUCCACCACUAUUAUGUAUUUAUGUUAUUAGUGAAGCUUUUAGGAGGACAAAAUUCCAAAAGUCACUAUUUUAAGCUAAA